AUGUUCGCUGCAGCAGAAAGGGAGAUACACGGCUCCUUCAGUCAAACGGUGACCCAGACACUGACAACCAUUAACGGGAUGGAGUGUCAGUCUGUCACCAUCACCUGCCGUUUCCAUCCUGGUAUCACUGGUACAUACCGUUUUCAAACUGGACGGUUCUUCAGGGUGACCCAGCCCGGAUCAGAGCGCCAGCAGAUCACCAGCAGAGGACGGUUUGUUGUGAGGAGCAACAGAAACGAGAUGACUUUCUCGUUGGAAAUUCGUGAUCUGAGAGUUGAAGACAGCGCCACCUAUUACUGUCAAGCUGAGUAUAGGUGGAACACACAUACUUAUAAACAGGACGGAACAGGGACGACGGUGACCGUCACAGCUGAUUCCAUUUCCCCGGGGUCUCAGAUUCCUGUUCAACCAUCUACUGCUGGCGAAACCGUCACUUUAAACUGCGAAUAUUCCGGGUUCUGUCCUUACACUCUACACUGGUAUCGGCAGUUCCCAGGGCAGGCACCGAUUUUCAUGCUUCAGAGACACACUUCAGGAGAGCAGGAUACGGAAAAUGCAGCGGGAGGACGAAUGUCUGCGUCUCUUGACCCUGGAAAGAAAAUCAGUCAGUUAACGAUCUCCAAAGUGAAUCAGAGCGACGCGGCUCAGUAUUACUGUGCACUGACUUCGCGCACAGCACACUGA